AUGACCACCACUUUAAGAGGAGUAACUUUCAUGCUGACAACACAUUACUCAUGUCUGCACCGACUUGAACCAGGAUCCACAGAACCUCCAUCAAACACCUUACAUCCUACUUCUGGUUCAGUGGUCACCGACUCAUUGGAUAUUAGAUGCUUUCUACUCAUUCUACGAGAAGAACAACAUUGUUGUGAUGCUGCUCAACCAAUCACUCUGAAAGAGAACAAAGACUUUGACGGUGUCAGCGAUCAGUGUACUCUUUUCACAAACUCUCAGUAA